UUUCCGGUUUUUAGAACUACACGCUGGCAGCUGUAUUCCGAGCCGCACGGCCGCCCCUGGAUGGACGUUUUGUGUGAUUGAUGUUCCCCUCUAGAGCGUGUUUCACAGACUCUCCGCUCACAACAGUCUGAAUGUGGUUCCGCGGUUGGCGUCAGCUCCAACUCCAGCUCUGUCCGAAUCGCAGCGUUUCUCUUUCACUGCUCACAGCAAGAUAACAUAUUUGGGGAUCUCUAUUGCCAACUACUACAUUGCUCAUCAACGCUGAAAGUUACAGCUUUUUUUCCCGAUACCAUUGACUAUUUUGGGGGAUAAUUAUUUUGCGUUUUUUGUUGUUGUUGUCGAUCUGUGAAGUUAGUUUCAGUUUUUGGUUUUCUCCGCGAUUGGGAUAUUAAGACCAGAAGACUAAUCUAACAACCAAGUCGUUCAUCAUGGGACAGAAGUCAGUCAGUACGUGGGGAGAGACAGAGACAUGCUGGUAGUCUAGGCCCGUGGUGGAGUCAAGAACACAACAAAAGCUAAAUCUCCUUUUAGUCUAUUCUGGCGACGUCUUCUAGUUCUAUAAUAGUGAAACGCCAUGGCCUCCAGCUUGACCUGUGCUGGUGUAAUCUGGACCCUCCUCUCCCUGCUCUGUGCCGCUGCCUCCUGCGUCGGCUUCUUCAUGCCUUACUGGCUACUCGGUUCCCAGAUGGACAAGCCGGUCUCGUUCGGCACCUUCCGGCGGUGCUCGUACCCGGUGCGCGACGAGGAGAGCCAGGCCACAGUGAUACUGGAGCAGUGUGGGCGUUACGCCUCCUUCCAGGGGAUACCUAGUCUGGAGUGGAGGAUCUGUACGGUGGUGACGGGCGUGGGCUGUGGUCUGCUGCUCCUGGUGGCCCUCACAGCCCUCAUGGGAUGUUGCAUCUCUGACCUCAUCUCUAGGACCAUCGGACGUGUUGCCGGGGGGAUACAGUUCGUUGGAGGUCUGCUGAUAGGGUCUGGCUGUGCUCUCUACCCGCUGGGCUGGGACAGUGAGGAGGUCCGACAGACUUGCAACAACACCUCCGACCAGUUUGAACUGGGUUCCUGUGAGAUUGGCUGGGCCUACUACUGUACGGGUGCCGGGGCCGCUGCUGCAAUGCUGCUGUGUACCUGGAUGGCCUGUUUCUCAGGGAAGAGAAAGAAGCAGUACCCUUACUAGAUGAACCGGCUGGGGGAGGGAGGAGAAGGGGUACCCUUACUAGAUGAACCGGCUGGGGGAGGGAGGAGAAGGGGUACCCCUACUAGAUGAACCAGCUGGGGGAGGGAGGAGGAGAAGGGGUACCCCUACUAGAUGAACCGGCUGGGG